AUAUAUAGAGGGAGAGAGGAUCAUUGCCUGAAAAUUUUCUUGGGAAAUCCCAAUCCUCUUCUCCUUAUUUCUUACCAAUUUCAAGUUUUAAUUUUUAUUAUAUUUUAAAAAAUAUCCAGUUAUAGAUCCUCGCCACCAAAACAGAGUCCCACAUAAUUACCUUUUAGAGAGAGACAGAAGGAGAAGACUAUCGGGGGUUUUGAAUUCGAUUGAAUAAUACGAAGAUCUGUCUCUCCGUCCGAGAGGAGAGAGAGAGACCCCAUUCCUGCUGUACAAUCCCCACAAGGAGGAGAGAGAGAGCCUGUAAUCAUGCCAUCAGGUGCCAAGAAGCGAAAAGCUGCCAAGAAAAAGAAGGAGCAGGAAACCCACAACGGCACAUCCAAUCCUCCUCCUCCUCAAGGAAGUAAUGAUGUGAACUCCCAAGAUAACGGAGUGCCUAGGGAUGAGGGGGCUGUUCAUAAAGUUGGAAUUGAGAGGGAACUGAAAGACGAUUCUGGGAGCAAAGAUGUGGUUAUUGAGGAUGCUAAGUCUGGAAAGGGAUCAUCUAACGGGGACGUUAGAAGCUCUAGCAGUAGUAGUUCAGAUGAAGAGUCUCGGGUUGUCAAUAGAAGGCGAAAGGAGGAUACCUAUGCUUCAGUUCCGGAGGAAAAAAUUCAUAAUGAAGAUGUACCAGCUGGGAAGACUACAAGUUCAGCUACUACAGAGAGUGUCCCUUCUGUUGAUUCUGUUAAGCAUGAGGUUUCUGUCACAGAAAGUACGCUAGAUGAAAGUGCAGCGAUCUCCAAUGAUGUAGUAAAUGCGGGGUUAGAGAAUGGUACAGAGACAUCACUGCCUAUUGGGGAUCCUGUAUCAAAGAAAACUAAGGAUAAAUCAUUGCCAUUACUGAAUGAUACUGCCAAGGCAUCUUCGAGUGUGGUGGAAUCUGCGUCUAAAGAAAAUGAGAGUAAAGCAUUGCCAUCAUUAGGUACUUCUCUGGCCCAAGUUAGUAAUGAUGCUGAACCCAUCAAGGAUACUGAGGUUCCAGAAUAUUCUGAAAAGCAGCCUCUAGUAGCUCCGGCCCCACCCAUGGGGCAAAAAGCAUCUUGGCUUAGCUGCUGUGGAAUUCUGGAUGUGAUAACAGGCUCCGGUAGAUGAGUUCAGGAACAACGGAUGAAGCGGUUUUGUAACCAAAAAACGAGCAUGACGGGUUUCAGUGGACUCAUGAAGCUUAUGGAAGUGAAGAAUCAAGAACGUUCAGAGAAUUUUAUGAUAUUUCGAUAUUAGAACUUGUAUUUUUGUCCCCUAAAGAAUACUGGGCAAGAACCCGAUUAGAUAAAAACCAAUUUAAGAUUUGUGGUGGUGAUGGUGUUGGGAAUAGUAGGCAGCUUUAUAUCUCGUGCUUUUACAACCUUUCUUUCUUGUUAAUUUUGCAGACUAGUUUUCUCUGUUGUUUUUACUUCCUUUUUUGCAUUGGUAGGCCAGUGGUGUGACAUAAACUUGCAACUUCUUCUCAAUCAGUCUUCACUUGAUUGUUGUAGCCAA